AUGGAAAAUCGUCGAAAUUCUUCUAUUCAAGCAACUGGUUACUUACUUGUUAAAGUUGAAGAUACUCGUCCGAAAUUAAUUGCUGUUGGUUGUGUUAUAUCAACAAUGUGUCUUCCUAAUCUUGAAUUUCAACUUGUUAAUCCAACAACACAAGUUGCUUUGUUUUCUAUUUGUGUUGGAAGUUGUACAGAUAUUCAAAACAUAACAUGGAAUAUUUAUCAAGGUUUAGAUAAUUCAUCUUCAAAUACUACUCAAUGGAUUCUGUUCAAUCAAAUGAUUUCAUAUGAAAAUAUUUGGUUUUUUGGUAGAAAUACGACUAAUUUUACAGCAACAAACAAACUAUUUCUUGAGAAUUCUCAAAUAAAACUUUGGCGAUUUGAAGUUAUUUAUGCAUUGACAUCUGAAAUAAGUACAAGUGCACUGAAUUUUGCUAUUAAUCAACCUCCAUAUAAUGGUUCUUGCUCAAUUAAUCCUCUCAAUGGUACAACAAGUACUUUAUUUACAAUUUCAUGUCCAGAUUGGUUUGAUGAAGAUGGAAUUAAAGAUUAUUCACUUUAUGUCUGGAAAAAAGAUUCAUCGGAACGUUUAAUGAUUGCUUUUUCACCAGUAUCACUCUUUCAAGUUCGUUUGCCAUCUGGAGAUAAUCAAACUUCCAUACUCAAUAUUGUUAUUUAUAUUCGAGAUCUUCUUGAUUGUCUGACUGAAAUGAAUAUGUCUUCUAUUAGUGUCAUGCCAGAUUUAUCAACAAUUACUGAUUUAAUUAAUAAUUUACAAAGUUCAUCAAAUAUAAUACAAAAUAAUCCAAUUGUUCAAUUACUUGCUAGUGGAAAUCAAAAUAUUGUUGGACAAAUUAUUACUUCAGUUUCACAACAAUUUAAUAAAAUGAAUAAUGAAAGUCUAGACAAUGCUGCUUCAAAUGGAAUUCCACUCGCAAGUAUUUCUAUAGCAUCAUUAGGAAGUACAAAUUCACAGGAAAUUUCUAUUCCAUUAAAUGCAUCAGCUUUGACUGAAUACAAUAAAGAAUUAAAUUCUCAAGCAAAUGUUCGAGAUUAUCUAAUAAAAUUUACAAAUAAACUUGCCAUUACAACAUCGAAUAGUAUCAAAUUACAAUCAUCAUCAUUAGCACAAUUGACUCAAGCUACAAAUCAAUUAAAACGAUCAAGUUCGCUACUAGCAUCAAAUAAAUGUUAUCAAUUAUCUCUUGCUUUACAUUCAAUGGCAACAAAAAUUCCAUAUGAAGAUGUUCAAGCAGCAUCAACUUCAUUAAUUCAAUGUGCUACAAAUGUUUUGACUGCUAUAAAUGGACCAAUACAACAAAGAACAAGUUUACUUAAUUUAGAUUUAUCUCGUUCAAAUGAAUUACCUAUUGAUUAUGAUACAGAUCUUGAAUCUAAAUGGUCUAAUCUACAUUUAUUUGCUAAUGGAAAUGAUUUUUCAAUUAAAACAAUUGAAAAAAAUCGAAAUAUUUAUUAUCAAAAACAAGCAGCAAAUCAAAUAGAAAUUCAAGUAAAAGAAAUAAUUUCAUUAUUAACAUCUUCAUUAAAUAUUCAUUUAAAUCUUGGUCAAAAUUUAUUAAUAAAUACAUCUGAAACAUUUAUGUCAUUAGAAACAAUAUCUAUUGAAUCACUUUCAAAUAGAAUUGUAGAACAAGUUGGAAAUGAUGAAUCCACUCGCUUCAUUUGGUAA